CUGAUCACCAGUUCAAGGUGAGGCACCUCCUCUAGCCACAUCCAGUUUCUCCCUGAGUUUAUUUUAAAAUAAUGAGUUCUUGUUAUGGAUUUGAAUUUUUUCUUUGUAGUACUCUGUCGGCUGUGGCUGGAACACCUGACAUCACUGCCAUCAAAAUGCCAUUGCCAAAUGCCUCUGAAAUUAAUUAUAAGCAAGAGUGGUAUGGCUUGCACAAUGUGGCAUUUUAGCCGAUAAAAGUCAUUCGUGUUUUAGACACAAAAGAAAAAGAUUGAGGCUGAAGCACCAACCACAAGCGGUGCCACAAAAAUAUGGACAGGGGAACACUCGAGCGCGUGCCGCGCCCAACUAAAGCAGAGCGGCAAAAGAGAGAAACAAACUUGAGGGCAAAAUCCAUUAACUACUGUAUAUACCGGAAUCAUCACAAACGGUCAGCACAAUAUUAUAUAUACUGUUUUCCCCUAAGGAAGAACUUGUUCAUAUCUGUAGCAGCAGCUAACACGGAGUGGUUAAUGGAGAAGAGUAGCUUCGCCACUAAUAAUUGAUUUUUCAGAAGAAUGAAGAGAAGCUAAACUUUCAGUGAAUGCGUGUUAACACUUUCAGUUUUCUGAAGAAAAGCUUCAGGCUUCUGCAGUUUUCAUUCUUCACGGCGCAGAGGUUACAGAGGUCAGAUGAUGUGUGCAAGGAAGGAAAGAUGCAGACAAGCAACGCCGAAGACGUCUUCAAAGCGCUUGAUGAGAUUGAGUUCCCAGAGUUGGUAGAGCCCCUGAGGACUGCAUUGGAUGAAGCAAAAAGGCAGCCUGGAGCAAAACAGAGGAAACUAGAUAAAGAGCCAAUGCUGCAGAGCGAAAUGAUCGAGCAAACGAAGCCAACGCGGACGACAAUUAACUGCUCUAACCUUGUGGUACAAGAGAACCUGGAGGCGUUCGAGCAGCUUGAGGCAGCGCGCGCAGACGAAGAGUACAUGGUUGACCUCCGGCGGAUACAUCCGAAGCUCGUCGCCGAGGAGCGCCAACGGCUCGAGCUGUACCAGAAGGUGCUUGACGAUGCCAAGGAAGUUUUGAAGUUUUAA